UCGACCUUGGAGGAUGCGCGCGCCCCUUACUCCCCCGGCCGACGCACGCCACCGGGUAGACAGGCACUCACGCUCUGGCUUGUCGGCGAGGCGGACGCGGGCAAGAGAUUUCGCAUGCGGUUCAGGUGGCCCUUCGCCAAGAUAGGUACCACCCUGAGCACGCGGCCUCCGGGGCGGGACGAGGGCCCCGGCAGCAGCAAGAAGGCGCCCCCGACUGUGGCGAUCAAGCGGGCGGAGAGCGGCCGCGGGGCAGUUGGCAGGCGCCGUGGCCCCGUUUCGCUCGCGUCCAAGCACCAGCUUUACCAGCAGCAGCAGCUGGCCAAGGAGGCGAGGCCGAGCCGUGGGCAGAAAAGGGCCGAAAAGGCAGUCAAAAGGAUGGAGGUGUUGCACCACGACCUGCUCCUCGGCGCGGCCUCGCGCCUCUUCAAGGCCGCCCCCGCCUGCUUCAGGAGCAAGUCCAAGGACGUCCGGCUGCCGCUCAUCAACAACCCGGCGCCGCCCGCGCCCGCCUUCCAGCAUGUGGCCAGGAUGAUGGACUCGCUGCUGCUCGACUCGAUGCAGCCCUUCACCUUCACAAAAAUCACCACGCAGCAGCUCAACAGGCCCAAGAACAAACAGCCCAAGCAGUCGAAACCGGCGCCGAUGAAGCCGCAGAGGCAGGCGCCACCUCCAACAACAGAACGAGCGGAGCCAGUGGUCGAGCCGGCGUCCUAUGAGCCGAAGAAAGCGGGCAACCCGCCGAGCUCGGACAAGUGGGUGGCGUCGCUGCGCAAGCGAGACCCAGAGUUGCAACCGAGCCUGCCGGCCAUCAACAACCGCAGCAGGUCCAACUCGCAGACGGCCGGCUACCCGCGCGUCAAGUCGCGCUCGGUGGACCGCAUCCACAGCCGCAUGAAGCCCCUGAAGCCGCUCACCAAGGCCGUCAGCAAGGACGACGAGCUGUGCCCCUCGCCCAAGAGCGGAAAGGGCGCUUUCCCCCUCGGACCUGGCGUCGAGCCGCACCUCGUCGACACGGUCGAGAAGGACGUGCUCGUUCGCAACCCUGGCGUGCCCUGGGACAGGGUCGCCGGACUCAGGGCGGCUAAAGCGACUUUGCAGGAAGCAGCGAUUUUGCCGCUGAUCAUGCCCGAGUACUUCCGGGGCAUCCGCCGGCCUUGGAGGGGAGUGUUGAUGGUCGGGCCGCCGGGCACGGGCAAGACCAUGCUGGCCAAGGCCGUGGCAACUGAGUGCAGCACCACGUUCUUCAACAUUUCCUCGGCCACCCUCACCUCCAAGUACAGGGGCGACUCGGAGAAGCUGAUCAAAAUUCUGUUCGAAAUGGCACGAUUCCACGCACCCUCCACCAUAUUUAUCGACGAGCUCGACUCGUUGUGCUCGUCGAGGGGCUCCGACUCGGAACACGAGGCUUCCAGGAGGUUUAAGGCCGAGUUGCUCAUUCAAAUGGAUGGACUCGAUUCAUCCUCGGAUGAAAGAGUGGUAAUGGUUCUGGCAGCGACAAAUCACCCUUGGGACAUUGACGAAGCCUUCCGAAGACGCUUUGAAAAGAGAAUAUACAUUCCCCUUCCUGACGCUGAAAGCAGGGUUGAGCUGCUAGAGUUGUGCCUGCAGGGCGUUAAACUAGAGUCCGGCGUUAACCUAAAGUCGCUGAGCUCGCAGUUGGAAGGUUACUCAGGGUGCGACAUUGGAAACGUCUGCAGGGAUGCGGCGAUGAUGAGCAUGCGGCGGAUGAUCACGGGCAAGACGUCGGACGAAAUUCGCGCAAUUCGCAAGGAAGAGGUCGACCUUCCGGUGACAGCGGACGACUUCAAAGAGGCCAUCUCCAGGUGCAAGAAGUCCGUGUCGAACAACGACAAAUCGCGGUACGAACAGUGGGUCAGCGAGUUUGGUGCCAGCUAAUUUCGUCCAUGCAUUGUGAAACAAUUGCGGCAAUUCGACGCGUCGGCGCCGGGGAACCGAUAUUCGCAGCCGCGGAUUCGGUGGAGUUCCCAUCAAGGGGGAAACUGUGAUAGACGCGACGACCAUGAGGCGGUAUAUAGCGGAUUUUCUUUGUAAUUUGUCGGCCACGUUCGUGACAAAACGGCCAAAUCGAUGUCAGACAACAAUCAAUGCUCACUCGACGUAAAGUUCGGUGGUAUACGUAAAAAUGUACCCUAUUAACUUAAAAGUUGUGAAUUUUACGGGUGCAAAAUAAUACAUACGCUCGGGCAUUUUCCGCCUCAGUAAAAUGCUUUUGGACGCGGAUGGAAUUACACUAAACGCAUUGUGAAUGUUUUUCUGGUAUUAAUGAAAAAUAUCUGUUUUUCUGAUAAAACAUUGUAAUAUAUAAAGAAAUAAAAAUCUGUUUUUAAAUAA